GAAAACCUUUCUAAUCCACGCCACCAUCAUCACCAACUAAAUAAGGAUGAAGAGCGCCCCCAUAUUCCUAUUAAUUCUUUCCUUCACCAUUGUUGGAUCACAGACUGAUUCAGACAAUGACACAGAUAAUGGUUACAUUAAGAUCAAAGUUAGUGAUGCGAAAAGCAUACUAGCUUGGUUCCUUGGAUUAAUGGGAAUAAUUGUUCUAGUUGUUCUUGUCAAAUUUGUGAGAAGGUUUGAUAAACGCAAAGAAGGCAAAUUGAUCAGUACAUGGUCAGGUCUCUAUAGAUUCUCCAAAGAAGAGAUUGAGAAAGCUAUAAAUUAUGGGCAUACCAAGGUACGUCUUGGCUCAGGAAGUGCUGGCCAAGUCUACCAGGGCAUCCUUCCAAGCCGGCAGCUUGUAGCAAUUAAGCACAUUUACAGGACUGCAAUGUCUGGUUCUUUCAUGAGGGAAGUCGAAGGCCUCUCCAAAAUUCGACACUCCAACUUAGUCUCCCUCUUUGGCUUUUGUGAUGAAGGAGGAGAACAAUACUUGGUUUAUGAGUACUGCUCUAAUGGAAACCUCGCCCAAAAUCUCUUGAGAAGCGACUCCGUUCUUUCAUGGGAUCAAAGAGUCAAGAUAUUAAGAGAUUGUGCACUUGUUCUGAGGUUUCUCCAUUUUCACCCUGAUGGUUGUAUCGUUCAUAGGGACAUCAAGCUGACUAACAUCCUAUUGACGGAGAAUAUGGAGUCAAAGCUUUCAGACUUUGGUUUAGCAAAGGUGUUGAACAUGGAGGAAAGCAAAGUGUUUACAGAUGUUAGAGGAACCAUCGGCUACAUGGAUCCUGAAUACAUGACAAAUGCCAGGCUCACUGGUGCCAGUGAUAUUUAUAGUUUCGGUAUAGUGGCCUUACAAAUUCUUUCAGGGAGGAAGGUGAUAGAGUUGGAUAUCGCGGCACGAGAUACUCUAACGAGAAAGGCCAAGGAUGUGCAAAUGAAGAAACGACCACUUGAUGAUUUCAUGGACCCUCGCCUUAAAGGAGAGGUUAAUUUGAGGGACUUUGUGUCCAUUUUGGGUAUUGCAGUUCUGUGCGUUGCUAGUUCAAGCCGAGGUCGUCCUACAAUUAAGGAGGUCUUUGAUGAAAUGGAUAGGGCAUGGAAGAACACAAUAGCCAACAUGCAUUCUACGGUAGAGACAGGUAGUUACAAAUCAUCCAUGACACAACUUGCAUAUCCUGAAGUGAUUGAGGUAUAAAAGUAAGCGAUUACCUAUGAGUUUCUAUCGUUCAAGUCCAAGGUACAGAGGCCUCUUACACUUAUAAGAUUACCAUGCUAAUUAUGUACAAUUAUGUACAUGCUUUUCACAUUUGGAUUACAAAAUGUAAAUGUUUAAUCCAAGAGAUACUUGUCUAGAGAAUAAACUCUUGGAGCAAAAGUGUUUUGAUUUUCCUUUUCAAUCACUACCCUGAUGAUUAAAUGUUAAAAUAUCAUGGAUGAAUGUUGCAAUUGGACGUUUUAUCCACAUCAAA